AUGGCGCGCGUUUUAUUAGUUGCUUGUGUGAUUUUUCUUUUUAAAUGUCCUGAUACGCAAGGGAGGUUUCUCGUGGUACCGGAAGAUGUAGCUAUGCUGUUUACUACUAUAUACGGUUUCGCACCACCUAUACGCAAAGGUAACGAUCACCGCAUUGGAUUCGGGUAUCGCUUUGGGAACCACGCAGAUUUCCAAGUACUGUAUGAAUUAGGACCGCAAACUACUACUAAGGAGUUGCAGUCAAUUGACGUAAGAUCCCAACCACUGUCGGAUCGCAAAAGUCGAAGACCUAUAGUGGAUAUGUUGGUGCGCGCUGGUCUUGUCAAAGAUGCAUCUUAUAACAACAACGUUGUUGAACAACACGAUGAGCCGAAAUAA